UUUAAUUUCUUACCAUCAAUGGGCAACUUCAAGUUAGCAUGUGUUGUUAUGAUGUUGAUCACUUUGCUGUAUGCACAAAAUGGUGCUGCAGUUUCAUGUGGACAAGUCACUAGUAGCCUUGUGCCAUGCAUGGGUUAUGUUCAGAAUGGUGGUGCUGUUUCGCCGCGUUGUUGUUAUGGCAUUAGAGGGUUAGUUAACGGGGCUAGGACCACGGCUGACCGUCGUGCCGCUUGCUCUUGCUUGAAGUCAGCUGCUGCUUCUCUCAAAAGAAUCAAUGUAGGCUAUGUUGCUGCACUCCCCGGCAAAUGUGGGGUUAAUAUCCCUUACAAGAUUAGUGCUUCCACCAACUGUGCUAGUAUUAGGUAAGAUGGAAUGUUGCGAAUGAUGAGAUGAAUCUUCGACAAGAAAUUAUAUAAGAGGAACUACUAGUAUAAACUUUUAAAGAGAAUAAUAAGAGGAACUAGGUCUACGGUUAUGGCCAAGCUAGUUUCGUCUUUUAUUUAAGAGUAUCACUAAGUUGUUAAACACUU